UUUCGAGUCGCUUCUUUGGAGGCAAACGCAGCGCCACCAUCGAGACCGACCUUCGUCUUCCUCUUGUUUGGCUUGGCUUCGUAUCUUCCUCCAUAGCACGGUACUGGAAGUCCGUAAAGGAAGACGCUACUAUCUGUAAAGGGAGACACAAUCUGUAAAGAAAGACAUCAGUCAAGUCAAAGAAGGAACGAUGCCGGGGGAUCCUCGCCAAGACCCGCGGCGAGCCGCCGAUCCUCGAGCCGCCGCCGCCGCCAUGGGAGGACCACCGCCCCCUCCUCCCCCACCUCAACCAAUUUUGUUUCCCCCACCUCCGCCUCCUCCUAGUAAUGCUGGAGCGAGUGCUAUUUUGUUUGGCGGCGAAGAUGCCAUGGACGAAGAGGACGAAGAUGUCAACAUGACGGAGAUUCCUCGACACGGCAAUAACAACCACAGUAACUUGGCGGGUGGUCCAUUGGCUUCUGGUGUCGUCGAGGCUGUGGCCGAACCGUUGCCUCUUCCCACUCGCAUCAUGACGCCGUCUCCGUAUCCCCACCACACUCGUGGCGCCACCAGUGCGCGUUUCCGAAAUGCCUUGAACCGUGUGACGACCCAUCCCACUUCCGAUAGCGAAGCAUGGGCUGCCUUGUUGACCGAAGUACAAACGUGUUGGCGCCAGCUACAACCUACCUUGCAUUUGCCCAGUGUGGAAACACAGGCUCGAUUGGAAUUCCUAGUGUCUUGUCAUGGAGCUUUGCUGCAGUAUUUUCCAUUUGCUGUCCAACAUGCCACGCAAUUGGCAGAAAUGCUACUGGAGGCGAGUGCCAGACCAGGAGAACCAGGUGGACCCAGUGCUACCACGGCGGUUGAUACACAGAGAUUGAGACUCUGUGAAGGACAAUUAGAAACCAUCUUUCAAAGAUAUCUCAAUGCCAAAAGUGGACAUGAAUUUGCGCUCUUGCAGGAGAUUGACAAAGCUACAACUGCCGAUGCAACAGCAACCGCCACUAAGAGCAACCCCAGUGAUACGGAUCAAAAAGAAACCGACAAAUUGGAAGCAAUAGCUUUUCUACAGACAGCACCCCAACAACAGCAACCACCGACAGACGCGACGACAACCACCACCCCACCCCCCGUCACUGGUUCCACAACCACUGAUAAUGGCAACAGCAACAACAACAACACUACUGUUGCAGUUGCAGAAAAUAAUGCCACACAAGAAGCCGAUUUGCGCAAAGUGCUAGGAGGAAUGGGAGCCUGGUCAGUUGGUCUGUGGAUGGUCUUUCUCAAAAAAGUUCAUCGCGAUAUUCAUCGACAUGCCCGCACCAGUGUCCCCCACGAUAUGAGGGCCAAAUGGUUGCGGACGAAAAUGGUGGCCAGCUACGAAUUGGCACUGAACCAUGUCGCUUUUGGAUACAACAAUCACUUGAUAUGGACCGAGUACUUGCAAUACGUCAAAUCCUGGACUGCUGGUGGUGGCGACAAUAAUAACAAUGGAGAUCCCCUGGUACAGCAACAACAAAUGAUUCAACUGCGCAGUGUGUAUCAACGAUUGGUUCAAUUGCCGAUGACGGGACUCGACAAUCUAUGGCAGGAAUACGAGUCCUUUGAACGAUCGCACAGUGAAGAACUGGCAACUGCCUUGUUGGCCGAUUACACACCCAAAUAUCAGCAUGGCCGAACGGUCUACUUGGAACGCGCUCGCGUGUAUCAUUAUACGGGCGAUCUGCAGCUCGGACGAUUGGCGACACCGCCCGUCACGCGACGCAGUGAUGGUACCCAAGGCGGUGCGGAUAAUGCCGAAGAGGGGGCCGGUGGCAGGCAAUCCCUCGAGGAUUACAUGGCCAAUCUAAAGGAAGAAUACAAGUUGCUACAAGCUUGGAAGAAACGGGUUAGUUACGAAAGGACCAACCCGGAACGAGUCACUUCCGCCGAACUGCCAAAACGAAUGCGACACGCCUAUCUCGAAAUGGUCAGUGUUCUGACGCGACAUCCGGAAGUAUGGAAUAUGUGGGCCAUGUACGAAUACUAUCAUGCGCACAAACCUGUGCAAGCUCUGGCGGUGCUACAAUGGGGACUCCAGUAUAUUCCCGACUGCACACUGUUGGCACACACACAAUCGCAGUUGGUGGAAGAUUACUGUGGAGCUGCUCUCAUGACAAGCAGCGCUGGACAAUCCAAUCUGGCGUUGCAAGUAUUAGAACGGUUUCUGCAAACAUCACCCAAUACACUGGCAUUUUGCUUGUACCAACAAAUGGUACGAAGAUAUCAGGGAAUGAAAGCGGCCAGGGCAGUGUUUGCACGAGCGAGACGCGUUUUGACGGAAAACGCAAAGAACUCGGCCGCCGAGACGGAUAAAAUCAAGGAGGAAGAUGAAACUGGCGAGGACGGAAAGGAUUCCUCUGGAGGAUGCAAAAGAUGGAUGGUUACCAAUCGAUUGGGGCCCAACAUUGGCGGAAAGCAAAAACAACCAAAGGAUGGCGUAUUGGCCAAUCUCAAGUCAGAACCAGCAGCAGACCCAAGCAGCAGUGGCACGGAUGAGGAGGAGGCGGGUGCUAGCAAACUUGCCACGGCUCCAAUCACAUGGCACCUCUACGCAUCCCAUGCCACAAUGGAACACCGGGUCAACCAUUUUCCUGAUAUUGCGGCGCGGAUCUACGAAUUGGGGUUACGAAAUCACCCGCAUUUUUUGACUCGGCCUCCGUUUGUCUUGCGGUACGCACAACUCUUGCUGGAACUCAACGACACAGAAAACUUGCGGGCGUUGCUGACAAGGGCUGUGGCAGCUGCCACCGAUGAAAAUGGAGCGUCCUCCUCCUCGUCCAGCCAAAAGAGUUCUGUCGCGGCUGUCUUGUGGGAUAUGACGCUCCUGUUUGAAACAAUCUUAUCUGGAGCUGAUCCAAUGGCCAGCCAUCUCAUACAAGAAGUUGAACGGAAACGGCACAUGGCGCUCCUGGGCCCGGACCUGGAAGAUGUUGCAACCGGGGGAUAUCAGUUGGAGUCUUCCACGUCCACCACUAUUGGAGCACAAAAGUCGACAAUUGGUGAGCUGCUGAUCCGGAAUGAUGGAUACGACGUUAGUUCACAGGUCGUAAACGGCAUGGCCCGUUCGGUCAGUGUAUUGGAAGUGAUGGGACUCUGGGGUUCGAAUGUCAUGAGUGCGGAACUUUCUGUGAAGCAACGCAGUCAGCCCGUGAGAUCAGGGCUGGAGAUGUUGGAGGAAGACGAUAACCCCGCUGAACGAUCAAGUGGGGCCAGCGAUUCCACCUACCAGCGUAGGCUCUUGUACCAACGAAUGCAUGAGUCAGGCAUGCUGCAUGGUGGUGGUGGUAUAGGAGGCAUGGAUAGCAGUGUAGGUGCCGCUGGCGCCGGGACCAAGAUAUUGUCGGCACGAGAACGGAUGGCAACUGCCGGUUCUGCUGGCGGCGGGACCAAUACGGCAGUGAACAUGGCAAUUCAACAGCAGCCGGAAUGGAUUCGGCCACUUUUGUUGAUGUUGCCCAUGUCCAAGCUUCGACUUCCCAUGCUCUCCAAGCCCCCACCUCACAUGACCGAAAUGGCAUUGCAACAGCUAAUUCAAAACCCUCUUCCGGCCGAACGUCCACAAGACGACAAGGGACGUGCAGCCAGGAACCAACCAAAUGCGCGUGCCUCGGGCAAGAAGCGUUCGCUAAAUGGAGGCGGAGACUCGUCUGACGAAGAUGAUGGUGCCACAGGGAGUGGCGGCUAUGGGAUGCAGUUUCGAGCAAGACAGCGGGCAAGAAUGUCGGCUUCCGAUCCAGGUGCUGAAGCUAAUUAAAAUAGCAUCUUGAUUAUGCUCGUCCGUCCCCCUUUCUGUGUCAUUGCCCCCGUGUCUACAUCGAACUUGGAUGAGGCUAAGUUUCCCAUGAUCCUUCAUCCAUUAAAACUGGGCGUUAAGCAACAUGAACUGUGAACAAGAACGCCCCGUGUACCUACCUGGUAUUGGUCCCAUUUGUUUCCCCUUUGUCUAUAUCAUGCAUGGGCUUGUCAAAAUCCAAGCCGCCCCGCCAAAAAUCAAGCACAAAAUCUGUCAAAGCAGCACUACGAACCAUCAAACAAGCCCAUCCUGGUCAGUGAUCCUGGAGCAGAGUUCGAUUACAAUCAUACAUAAUAUUUUAGUUCCAAAAUUUGAUUAC